CCUACGAUUCUGACGUUCGAAUUCUCAUCGGUUUAUACGGGUGGGAAGAGGGAACGUGACUCGAAAAAGGCUACCAACAUUCCAUUCCUAUCAGGAAACAAAAAUGAUGUUCAGGAAGUCACAAUGACUAGUGCUGGUGUACCGUAUAUACAAACAGAUCGUGGUGGCCAGGUGACUUAUCAUGGUCCAGGGCAGUUAGUUGCUUACUUCAUCUGGGACUUGAAGCUUUGGAGGAAAUUGUCCUCCAAAUGCUUUGUUAACUAUAUCGAGCAAUGCAGCAUAAACACAAUUUCCCAUGUCGGAGUGGCAGAUGUAUGCAGGACAGAGAACACUGGAGUGUGGGUGAGUAAGGGGAAGGGAACAGAAGAAAAAAUAUCAAGCAUUGGACUCAACAUAAAAAGAAAUGUAACUUCUCAUGGCCUAAGCAUCAAUCUUUCCACUAAUCUGAAAUACUUGAACAAUCCAGAAUUUGUCAUGUGUGGUCUUAAAGGUUAUCACCAAACAAGUAUAGAAAAGGAG